CGCAUUUCACAUCCCCAAACUCCUCACAUAGACCAACUCAAGAAAAUCAACUCUCUCUCUCUCUCUCUCUCUCUCUCGCUCUCUAGAAGGGAAAGAGGAAGGAUUGAUUUGAAGCUACAGUCUGUGAUUUUGGACCAAAGCUCUGUUUCUAUUUGUUUCAUCGUAUUACAAGUAUGCCGAUAUUCGAUGACAUCCUACUCGCAGGCGACGUGGAGUUCCUGAAUGCUUCUCCUGCAGGGGCUGCUCAACCUGGGCAAGAUCCCAGAGUAGGGGAGGAGGAGGAGUCUGAUGACGACAUAGACGUUGAGACGCUGGAGAGGCGUAUGUGGAAGGACAAGAUGCGCCUUAAAAGGCUUAGGGAACAACAGGCGGCUCCACCAGUGGAAGGGGUUGACGUUGCAAAGCAGCGGCAAUCCCAGGAGCAGGCCAGGAGGAAGAAGAUGUCUCGGGCGCAAGAUGGCAUCCUCAAAUACAUGCUGAAGAUGAUGGAAGUCUGCAAGGCGCAAGGUUUUGUCUACGGGAUUAUCCCAGAGAAGGGCAAACCAGUUACAGGGGCAUCCGACAACCUCAGAGAGUGGUGGAAGGACAGAGUGAGGUUUGAUCGGAACGGUCCAGCUGCUAUUGCCAAGUAUCAGGCUGAUAACUUAAUACCUGGCACGAGUGAUGCUGGAAGUACCAUCGGUCCGACCCCACACACUUUGCAGGAGCUUCAGGAUACAACUCUUGGUUCCCUCCUCUCGUCGCUGAUGCAGCACUGCAACCCUCCGCAGAGGCGGUUUCCAUUGGAGAAAGGAGUUCCUCCACCAUGGUGGCCCACGGGGAAUGAGGUAUGGUGGCCACAGCUGGGAUUGCCGAAGGACCAAAGCCCUCCACCAUACAAGAAGCCGCAUGAUUUGAAGAAGGCUUGGAAGGUUGGCGUCCUCACUGCAGUCAUCAAGCAUAUAUCUCCAGAUAUAGCCAAGAUCCGCAAGCUUGUUCGACAGUCGAAAUGCUUGCAGGACAAGAUGACAGCCAAGGAAAGUUCCACUUGGCUUGCCAUUAUCAACCAAGAGGAGACUGUGGCUAGGGAGCUUUUCCCUGACAUGUGUCCACCUCUUUCAACUGCAGGAGGAAGCGGAUCCUUGGUGAUCAAUGACUGCAGUGAAUACGAUGUGGAAGGGCGUGAAGGAGACAGCUUUGAUGUGCAAGAAGUGAAGCCAGAGUCUCUGGAUUUGUCCAAGUUUAGGAUGGAAAGAAUGAUGGGACUGCCCGUUCAACAGCCUUACUCAAUCAAUGGAGAAAGCAUCAGUAACUUGGACUUCAUCCGCAAGAGGAAGCCUUCGGAUGAUCUGGCCAGCAUGAUGAAUCAGGCGAUCUACACAUGCGAGGUUAGCCAGUGUCCAUAUAGCGACAUCCGCCUCGGCUUUCGGGACAGGACUGCUAGGGACAACCACCAAAUGAAUUGCCGGCAAAGAGGCAAUUCUACUCAGUUCGGUGGAUCGAACUUUCAGAUCAAUGAAGUCAAACCAUUGAUCUUCCCUCAACAAUCGUAUGUCGAGCCCACAGCUGCUGCUCCAACAGCGAACCUGGUGCCAACUCGGUUUGACUCGAACUCGAAGGUAGCUGGACCAACAGUGAGGUUGGCUCCUCCUAGCUUUGAUGUGUCCACACUUGCGGUGCCAGAUGACGGGCAGAAGAUGCUGAACGAGCUGCUGUCAAUGUACGACACUGAGGUCCAGGGCAGCAAUAUCACAAGCUCCAGCAACAGUGCAGUUGUUGCGGGAGCUCAAAAUUCCUUCCGGCCUAAUGUUCAGCACCGGCCAGACCAGGCCAUCUGCAAUCAAGGGACUGUGAUGGAGGGAAAUUUCUUCCAACAUUCCAACGGGCACAACCACCAGCAGAUGUUCCCUCUGGAUAAUGGCCACCUUCAGCGGCUCCAGACCCUAAAUCCUCCUAUCAACAGCGGGCCAUCCAACAGCAAUCUCACCAACCAGAAUCACAACAGCUUCAACACAAUGUUCGGGGCUCCAUUCGACCUCUCAUCCUUCAACUUCAAGGAAGAUAAUCUUCACGGGCUAAUGGACGCUCUCCCGAAGCAGGACACGACAUGGUUCCAGUGAGAAUGCCAAGCAGCAGGAUGUUUCAAGAGACUGUCCACCCUCUCCAGCAGCUAUUUCCUUUCACCUGUUUGUACACAAGCAAGCACGCAAAGUAGGGUUGUUGUUAGCAAAGGCCUCAAAACAGGACAGUCAAAUGUAAAAGUUUCUACCCUAUUACCACUUAUUGAUAGGAAAUUUUGUAACAUAAAUAAUACUCCAUUAAUUAUCAUGUUUUAUGUAUUCUUAUUUUCAUCAAACACAGUGUAGGAAAAAACUGAUUUGUAUUUUAUGAACUACUGUAUUUGUAAUAGUAGAUUUGCGUGUAAGCUUGUGGUGGUGGUUGAAUAAAGUGACUGGAAGCAAGCUUUUGUCCUGUUGUUGCA